CGGGGCCUUCGUGCCUUCAUGGCGUGUCUCCACAACACCUCACUUCCUCAGCAGCUGCCAUUGCUGUGGUGAAUGAGAAAAGAGGGGAGCGAGAGGCAGGGCGAGACACCGGAAGAAGGGAGGGAGGCACCGAGAAGCGGCGCGGCGCAGGAAAGAAGGAGAUCCUGCCGCUGGAGGAGAGGAUCGCGAAGAGGCCCCGCAGCGGGAGGAAGCGAGCGGUUCCAUGGCUCACUCGGCUGCUAACGGUGUGGCCCAGGAUCUGGCCAGCAAGAGGCUGCACUCAAGGAUGGAGGCUUCCUGCCUGGAGUUGGCCUUGGAGGGGGAGCGGCUGUGCAAGGCGGGGGACUUUAAAGGAGGAACAGCGUUCUUUGAGGCCGCUGUACAAGUCGGGACAGAAGACCUGAAGACCCUCAGUGCCAUAUACAGCCAGCUGGGAAAUGCCUACUUCUACCUCAAGGAGUUUGGGAAAGCCCUGGAAUACCACAAACAUGACCUGACCUUGGCCAGAACAAUUGGCGAUAGAAUUGGAGAAGGAAAAGCCAGCGGUAACCUUGGUAACACAUUAAAAGUCUUGGGACGGUUCGACGAGGCUGUUGUGUGCUGUCAGAGACAUCUGGAUAUUUCUCAAGAGCAGGGCGACAAGGUCGGGGAGGCCAGGGCUCUGUACAACAUUGGAAACGUGUUUCAUGCCAAGGGAAAGCAACAGUUAUGGGGCUGCACCCAGGACCCGGGUGACCUGCCUCUAGAUGUCAGAGACACACUGCAAAGGGCUACUGGCUUCUAUGAGAUGAACUUGUGUUUAGUAAAAGAACUCGGCGAUCGGGCUGCUCAGGGCAGAGCUUAUGGAAAUCUGGGCAACACCCACUACCUGCUGGGAAACUUUGUCGAAGCUAUCAAGUUUCACCGUCAGCGAUUAUCUAUUGCUAAAGAAUUUGGGGAUAAAGCGGCAGAGCGGCGGGCUUACAGUAACCUAGGCAACGCCCUGAUCUUCCUGGGCCAGUUCAACACAGCCACGGAGUACUACAGGAAGACGUUACAACUGUCCAGACAGCUGAGGGACCAGGUGAUGGAGGCUCAGGCCUGUUACAGCCUAGGAAACACCUACACGCUGUUGCAGCAGUAUGAUAGAUCCAUAGACUAUCACCUGAAACACCUGCACAUAGCCCAGGAGCUGAACGACAGGGUAGGUGAAGGUCGCGCCUGCUGGAGUCUGGGAAACGCAUACGUCUCUCUGAGCAACCACAAGCAAGCUCUCCACUACGCCCGCAGGCACCUGGACAUCUCCAAGGAGAUCGGAGACCGAAACGGGGAACUGACGGCCCGGAUGAACGUGGAGCAGCUGAUGGAGGCUCUGGGGGUCAAUGAGAGCGACCUUUCGCCUUCCAGCUCCGAGUUCGAGAUGCAAGGAGCGAGACCCAAGUUCUCCAAGAGAAACAGCAUGGACAGCGUGGAACUGUGGAAGUACUCAUCAGACAAGAACGACGAGAACCAGGACUUGGAGAGCGCGGCCAGGAGGUCUAAGCCGCCGCAGGCCGGGAAGAGGAAGGGCUAUACUGACAGCCAGUCGUCGGACGAGAGGCCGUGGUUGGACUCCCCUGUGGACACCGAUGACAUCACUGUGCAAGUCCCGCCCCCCUUGCCGAAGCUGGGUCGUGAUCCCUCUGAUGAAGACUGCUUCUUCGACCUCCUCAGCAAGUUUCAGAGCAGCCGCAUGGAUGACCAGCGCUGCCACCUCGACGAGCCGCAGAACGGCGACAACGGAGAAGGCGCCGCCAACGCCCUGACGGAGAUGAUCGAUCCUGCUGUUACCACCUCCCCCCAGACGGAGGAGCUGUUCGACUUGAUCGCCAGCUCCCAGAGCCGCCGUCUGGACGACCAGCGGGUCAACGUGGGCAACCUCCCAGGCCUGAGGAUUACUCACAACAACCUCGGCCACCUGGUGGGUGAGGGAGACCAUCAAGAGCCCAGCGAUGACUUCUUCAACAUGCUCAUCAAGUGCCAGUCGUCCAGGAUUGACGAUCAGCGGUGCUCCCCCCCAGAAGCCGGGCCCCACGCCCCCACAGUGCCUGAUGAAGACUUCUUCAGUCUAAUCCAGAGGGUGCAGGCCAAGCGCAUGGACGAGCAGCGCGUCCAGCUGCCCGACGAGCAGGACGGCCCCCAGCCCCAGGAGCCGCCCGGCGGGCUGCCCAGCUAGUCGGGCAACGGCGAGCGGAGCGGAAGGUCCAGACGACCCCCACGGCCCAAAUAACACCGUUCUUCUUGACGACAUGACAGAUUUCAUGUGCAAUAGGUGGUGCUCCGUGUACACGUAUUACAGCUGUGUAAAUAUAAGCAGGGUUUAGGGUGUGUGGUUUGGGGUGGAAGAUUUAAACAUCACAGUGACAAACAGUCAACGUGUCAAAUGCCUUAAUCAGCAUUUUUUUCCAGACUCAAAGAUUGUAUUUCCUGGUGUUGGGUGAGUUUUGAACAUAAUGAGGGCGAUUAAACAGACACAGGUGAGUCAAUGCGAAUGAUGCUGACGAUAUUUCCCAGUCAUUUCUACUCUGAUCUGAUCAAAUGCUGCUUUUUGACCCCCCCCCCCCCCCCCCCCCCAUUUGUGUGACAGUAUUAAAAAUGACCCUGCAGUGUUCACCAAACUGCCCCAGUCAGUUUCACCACUUUGCAAAACAGUAGGAUUUAUUUAAACUAAUUUAGUCAUGCAAAUUAUUUAUGUGCAUUUUUGCAUAGGGUGCGGUAACCGAGCAAAGGAUGUAAAAUAGCUGCUGAUUUUAUAGAUUAGAGAGAAUAGAAAACGAGUUUGAAUUUAAGGUUGUGAAGGUGUCUUUGCUGCCAUCACGUGGUCAAAACAUGACAUUACCUCUGUGGAAUCAACAGAGCGUUCCUUGUACACGUUUGUGCUCCUAAUUUGACAGCAGUGGGAAUAUUCAAAUUGAGGUACGAGCUAUGGGACAGAAACUUUGAUCUGCUAAGUGUUUGAGACUCUUUGCUGUACAGCUCAUCUGUAUCACGGUACUAAAAUGUUUGACCUUAGCUACGGGCUUUGUCUUUAUUCAAAAUUAGUGCAUACCUCAUUUUUUGUACUUCAAACCUUAUGCAUUCAUAUGAACCUUAGAGAUCUUCAGUUGUGAACUGCGAGGAUCGUGUGACAGGUCCACGGUGGUUCUGUGUGAUUCAUCUCUCUUUGAUAAACAAAUUUCACCUUCUCUUGUUUUUAUUGUGAAUUCAUGUUUUUAGAAGCUCCCCAGUCUCUGCCUAAUUUGUACAUAUAAAUAUAUUUUGUAUUUAUGUUCUAUUUGAGGACAUGAACAUGUCCCCUCAUGCUUUUAAUAAAAUGUUUCAGAUGUU